AUGGCCAAGAGAAAUAUUCUUCUUAUGAUCGCGGAUGACCUGGGUAAACAAUUAGGCUGCUAUGGAAACGCCAAAAUCCAAACGCCCAAUCUCGACCAGCUAGCCUCGGAGGGAACCAAAUUUGAUCAGGCCUUCACCAGCACAGCUUCUUGCAGCGCCAGUCGCUCUGUCAUUUACACCGGUCUUCACACGCAUCAGAACGGGCAGUAUGGUCUCGCCAAUGGCCGGCAUCAUUUCACCACCUAUGAUCAUGUUGAAACGGCACCUGCGCUCUUUUCCAAGCAUGGGUAUUCCACCGGUUUGAUUGGCAAGGUCCACGUCGGGCCAUCAAACGUGUAUCCCUGGGAUCUGCGCGCUGAGAGCGAUAGUCGUGAUGUCGCAGAUAUAGCAGAUCAAGCGAAUGCGUUCAUCAGGCGUUCCAGUGAGGAGGCGAAGCCUUUCUUUUUGACCAUUGGCUUUAUUGAUCCUCAUCGCGACCGUACCCGCUCGGGAUUUGGAAAUGAUGGCCAGUACGAUCCGCGAGUAAAGAAGAUCGAAUAUUCCUCCUCGGAUGUCGAGGUCGAGCACUUUGUUAAUGAUCUCCCGGGAGUCCGGUUCGAGUUCGCAGAGUACUACCAGUCUAUCUCCCGCCUGGAUCAAGGUGUCGGCAUGGUCCUUGACGGACUGAAGAAAUCUGGACUCGCAGACGACACUUUGAUCAUCUUCCUCAGCGACAAUGGACCCCCCUUCAUCAACUCCAAGACAACCCUCUACGACGCGGGUGUCUGUCUUCCGAUGAUAAUGAAGUGCCCCGGCUCACCAGCAGGCGUUGCCAACCCAAACAUGGUCUCUUACAUUGACAUCCUCCCCACAAUCCUCGACUGGGCUCAGUACCCAACCCCACAACAUCCAGCCCGACUCGGCCGCUCGAUUCUUCCCAUUGUGUCCGAGUCAACCAAGCUCGAAGACUGGGGCUGUGUUUUCGGCUCGCAUACCUUCCACGAAAUCACUAACUACUGGCCCACACGCUUCAUGCGCAACCGCCGAUUUAAAUACCACCGCAACAUCGCCUGGCGGCUCGAUUUCCCCUUUGCCGCUGAUAUCUACGGAUCCCUAACCUGGGAGGAUAUUCGCAACUCCGAGACUAGUCCUAAGAUGAUUGGGUCCAGGCCACUGAAGGAUUACUUCUUCCGUCCCGCUGAGGAGCUUUACGAUAUCCAGGCUGAUCCCAAUGAAGUGCGCAAUCUAGCUAAGGAUCCUGAGUAUAGCGCGGUUUUGGAGGAUAUGCGCCAGGCGGUUGAGCAGUGGCAGCGUCGUACCGAGGAUGCGUGGCUGUAUCGCGAUGGUGUGUCCAUGCUUUUGGUGAGGCACCAUCUCGAGGCUGGAAUGGAUGUGCCGAAUAGGUGGGACUUCGAUGAUGAUCACCCUGACAGUAAAGAUCUGCCUGCUUUUCCCAAGAACCUUCCCUGGGGAGCGGAGGUUGGGAGAUAA